GCUGAGAGAGCAGCUAGUCUCCGACCUGCAGGCGUGCACUACCGGGCCUCUGCAAGACGCUCUCACGAGAACCAACCGUCCUGCCUUUGCCAGACUACAGCCUACAGGUGGCUGAACUAGCUGCAACAGCUUAAACAGGCCCGACAUGGGACUUUGCCUACUCUGGGAACGAGCAUAGGACCAUCUCCGUUGCCAUACUCCAGGACCCAGCGUUAAUUCCCAAACAUCUGCCCCUGGCUUUGUCCACAUCUAGUGUUCUCCUCUGACGACUGUUUGAGCUGGAAUCGCCUCUGGAGAGUUCUGACUCUCAAGGUUAGUGAAGCAACAGAUUUGCUUCGGUUGAAGCUAUCUCGUCUACAAGUGUCUUCCACACAUGUUUACGGUGUACCUUCACCCUGGGCUCCCCUCUGCUCGCGAGGAUUAGUUUCGCUGGCCGACAACAUUACAGUCGCUUCUCCGCACCCCCAAGGCCACGGCCGACACAUCUCACUGUAAACUAAUUGGACCUAGGAAAGUGGCGCACCGCUGUGAACUGGCAAAAGCCAAUCGGUUGGGAGUGUUCUCAUCUCCGCUGGACACGCGAUCAGGACGGGUCGGCAGGGUGCGAGUUUAGCAAAACCUUGUCGGUAACAUAAGGCUUCAGAGUUCCAACUGAGGAGAGGUUUUAGGGUCCUGCAUCAAGGUCUCGGUCAGCCAGCUGAUUUGCAAAACCGUGCUCCGUUCUGAGCAGAGGAGACGACGUGGCAGCCCAGGUGCCAGCUACGGGCGAUUUCAACCUGACAGGCUUCGACAUUUCAACAUUUACCUUGCAUCGCACAUCCAGUGAACCCUGACUAACAAAAUCGAUGGUUGCUGUUGACCAUUUGCCACAGAACUUAGAUGAAGACAGGACUAGUGACUUUUUGAACUGCUCGGAUUAGUACCAGGCACCAAUUAACAGCAGACGACGUUUUUUUUCCAUAUAACACAUCUUAAUCAAACCAAACGACCAUUAGAUCAUCAUUGGUAUGAUGAUGAGGUAAGCGUGUACGCACUGUGACUAUAACCGCUACAUCUGGACUCAUUGUUGACGGGGAGAAGCCGAGCGACGUGCGGAGUUUGUGGUGGAGUCAGACGAACGGAAGGACCGCGAAAAUCGAGUUGUCUGGGCGAUCCGUCACCAGGGCACGUUAGUGUGCUGCAGCAGGGCUGACAGCCCGCGGAAUUUUGUGCAGCGUCCAAUUGUCUUUGAAGGCCAAAUUGGACCUACAGGGAUUCUUGAUGGAGUGCCAUCCCAUCUAGAGAUCAGGUGAUCAUCUCGAUACGGGUGAGACAAGACAAGACGGCACAAGUCUGGUUCCGGGCAAGGAAACCUGUACUGUACCCUAAGGCUCCAUAGGAAAGCUUGACAGGAGAACGACUUGAGGACGGAGCAGCAGCCCUGCGGCGAGUGACCGACCAACUUGGCGUGCAGGAUAAUCGACUGCACAUGAGACCAGAACUUCUGUAUCACCAAGAACGUCACAGAUCGACACAAGUGUAACACUCGGGAAUUCUGCAGCAGCUACAGACGAGACCAGCCGAGAUUCGGAGAGGAAAUUCCAGCAGAUUGUUGUGAGGAAAUUUAGAUUUACGACCACUUCGGGAUUUCUGGAUUGAGGCUGUGUUCAAAGGAAACCGUAACUUGCCUGUGGACGUCACGGCUCGGACAUUUUGCGCGUCGGAAGAGAAGAACCACAAAAACGCAGUAGGUUGGACUCCGCGGACUAAUCAAUCGAUCCACGUGCGAGAGCCGCCCAUCACGUUUCACAGUUGAAACAUUGGUGUAGAGUUCGCGUUGUACAAUAGGUGAUCACCAUCAUCAAAAAUAGUAGUACCAGGCUUCCUCCUGAGUACAUUUCUAGCUUCUCAACGCAGUGACAACAUCACUGACUGAGACAGGACUCCAAUACAUUCCUCCGAACUUGGACUUGGUACCUCCGUCUGAAGUACCACACGUGUGAUACCACGGUCUGAAGAUGGCGGUACAAGUGAGUCUGAGGGUACUGCGGGUGCUGGUGACACUGCUGUCCUGUUACACACACCUGGGCAGAGUCAGGGCCACCUGGUGGCAAAUGGCAGUGGAUUCGAGAUUAUACAGCCUGUCCCGGGCGGAACUGUACAUAAUCGGGGCUCAGCCGCUGUGCACCACGCUGGCGGGCCUGUCCUCGGGACAGAGAAAACUGUGUAACCUGUAUCAGGACCACAUGUCGUCGGUGGGCAUCGGGGCCAGGCAGGGGAUAGAGGAGUGUCAGCACCAGUUUAGGGACCGGAGAUGGAACUGUACCACGUCAGACGAGGACUCCGUCUUUGGCAGGAUAGUCAACAUAGGCAGCAGAGAAGCGUCCUUCACGUACGCCAUAGCAGCAGCAGGUGUCGUCAACGCCGUCAGUAGAGCAUGCCGGGAAGGCGAGCUGACCACCUGCGGCUGCAGCAGAGCGAAGAGACCGAAGGACCUGAACAGAGACUGGCUGUGGGGAGGGUGUGGGGACGACGUGGAGUAUGGGUAUUACUUCGCGCGAGAGUUCGUGGACGCUCAAGAGAAGGAGAUCAUCCCGACGCCUGGAUCCCAAGCGCAUGCGCGGCAGCUGAUGAACAUGCACAACAAUGAAGCUGGCAGAAAGCUCACGUUCAGUAACGCGAGAGUUGCCUGCAAGUGUCACGGAGUUUCCGGGUCCUGCAGCCUGAAGACGUGCUGGCAGCAGCUGGCGGACUUCAGGACAGUCGGCAACCUGCUCAAGGACAAGUACGACGGCGCCAACGAGGUCAAGCUCAUCAAGAGGGGCAAGAGGUACCGCUUGGAUCGCCGCAACCCGAGAUUCAACGUCUUCACUGACGAGGAUCUGGUGUACCUGAACAAGUCACCUGACUACUGCAACGCGGAUCCGACCAUAGGUUCUCUGGGAACGCACGGCAGAGAGUGUAACAAAACCGGCCUGGGCACGGACGGGUGUAACCUCAUGUGCUGCGGGAGAGGAUACAACACGUUCAAACGGGAAAAGGUGGAAAGGUGCAACUGCAAGUUCCACUGGUGCUGUUACGUCAAAUGCAAAAGGUGUCGGUCAAUAGAAAACGUUUACGUAUGCAAAUAGCAGAGGCGCAACU